GAUCGACUUACAGUCACUGUUUGUUUGUUUGAUGAACUAUUUUUGAAGGAAAAAAGAAAAAAGGGUCUGUCUAUAUAUAUUUGGGGUCUUCCUUUCUUUCUUCUUCGCGCGCUCUCGCAUUCUUGUUUUACUUUCCACAGUUACAAACUUUGAUUGCACACAGCAAUGCUGCAGUAGCCCAAUAACUUCUUCUUCCGUAGCUGAUUUAUUUUAGGGAGAAAAUAAAAUCAAAAAGAUAUAUAGUAUAGUUAAGUUAAAAUGGAGGAAACAUUUGUGCCAUUCCGUGGGAUUAAGAAUGACAUUCAAGGGAGGCUACUCUGCUACAAGCAAGAUUGGACUGGUGGUUUCAAGGCUGGUUUCAGGAUAUUGGCUCCUACCACCUAUAUUUUCUUUGCAUCGGCAAUUCCAGUGAUUUCAUUUGGUGAACAAUUGGAGAGAAAUACAGAUGGGGUUUUAACUGCUGUUCAGACAUUAGUAUCGACCGCAAUUUGUGGGAUAAUACACUCAAUAAUAGGAGGUCAGCCCUUACUAAUUCUUGGAGUUGCUGAGCCAACUGUUAUAAUGUACACCUUCAUGUUCACCUUUGCUAAACAAAGACCCGAUUUGGGCCGUGAAUUGUUUCUCGCUUGGACUGGAUGGGUGUGCGUUUGGACAGCAGCUUUGCUGUUCUUGUUGGCUAUAUUAGGGGCUUGCUCUAUUAUCAAUCGGUUUACCCGUGUCGCUGGUGAACUGUUUGGAAUGCUUAUUGCAAUGCUCUUCAUGCAGCAAGCUAUCAAAGGACUUGUGGAUGAGUUCCGCAUACCAAAAAGGGAAGAUACAACUCUAACGGAGUUUAUGCCUUCAUGGAGAUUUGCUAAUGGCAUGUUUGCUUUGGUUCUUUCAUUUGGUCUAUUGCUUACUGCUUUGAGAAGCCGAAAAGCAAGGUCAUGGCGCUAUGGUUCUGGUUGGGUUAGGAGCCUUGUAGCUGAUUACGGGGUGCCGUUAAUGGUGUUGGUCUGGACAGCUAUAUCCUACAUACCUACUAAAAGUGUGCCUGAAGGAAUUCCGAGACGUCUCUUCAGCCCAAAUCCAUGGUCACCUGGUGCCUAUGGCAACUGGACCGUGAUUAAGGAUAUGCUGAACGUGCCUAUUCUAUACAUACUCGGAGCGUUUAUUCCAGCAACUAUGAUUGCUGUGCUUUACUAUUUUGACCACAGCGUUGCGUCUCAGUUGGCUCAGCAGAAAGAAUUCAAUUUGAGAAAACCGCCUUCCUUUCAUUAUGAUUUACUUCUCCUUGGUUUUCUGACAUUAAUGUGUGGUCUUCUUGGAAUCCCACCAUCAAACGGUGUGAUACCACAGUCCCCAAUGCAUACUAAAAGUUUAGCCACUCUUAAACACCAGUUGCUCAGGAACCGGCUUGUAGCUACAGCACGAGAGAGUAUUCAAACGAACUCAAGCUUAGGACAAUUAUAUGGAAACAUGCAAGAAGCAUAUCAACAGAUGCAGACUCCUCUUGUCUACCAAGAGCCAUCAUCAGCCAGAGGUCUAAAGGAAUUGAAAGAAUCAACGGUUCAACUAGCGUCGAGCAUGGGAAGUUUCGAUGCUCCAGUGGAUGAAACGGUAUUCGAUGUGGACAAAGAGAUAGAUGAUUUACUUCCAGUUGAGGUGAAAGAACAACGUGUGAGCAACUUACUGCAGGCUGUUAUGGUUGGAGGAUGUGUAGCUGCAAUGCCUGCAUUGAGAAUGAUUCCAACUUCUGUUCUUUGGGGAUAUUUUGCCUUCAUGGCCAUUGAAAGCUUACCUGGCAACCAGUUCUGGGAAAGGAUAUUACUGCUCUUCACUGCACCUAGCAGGAGAUAUAAGGUUUUGGAGGACUACCAUGCGACCUUUGUGGAGACAGUGCCUUUCAAGACAAUUGCGAUGUUCACAGUAUUUCAGACAACGUAUUUGCUUCUCUGUUUCGGCAUUACAUGGGUUCCGAUUGCGGGGCUUUUGUUCCCUCUGCUCAUUAUGCUUUUGGUCCCCGUAAGACAGUACGUGCUGCCAAAAUUCUUCAAAGGGGUUCACCUUCAAGAUUUAGAUGCUGCAGAUUACGAAGAGGCACCCGCAGUACCAUUCAACAUUCCGGAAGGAGAGCUGGGAGGUGGCAGACUUUCAUUCGCUGCUGACGGAGGAGAGAUUUUGGACGGAAUUAUUACAAGAAGUCGGGGUGAAAUAAAACAUAUGUGCAGUCCAAAGGUAACGAGUUCAUCUUCAGCGACACCUGCAAAAGAUGGUAAAGUACUACAAAGCCCAAGGGUUGGUGAGCUACGAGGAGAGAGAACUCCUCGGUCUGGUGGAAGAGGACCUCACAGCCCGAUGACUGGAGAAGUGGGCCCAUCUCAUUUGGGGAUAAGUCCUCGUAAAUCUGCUUCAGACCAAUGAUAAUAAGCUGAUAAAUCGAUUUAAGAUAGUAGUAAUCAAUUCAAUCCUCCUUGGUAUGUGUUUUUUUUUCUUUUCUAGUUGUUUAUGUUUUGAAUGUGGUGUAUUAUCAAAGUCGGUGCGGGAGACAAUGCAAGCUGUAAAAUUAACCACCAACCUUAUUAUAUAUGUUGAUUCCGAGGGAUCCUCCAAUGAA